GGUAAUUUUUGAAAAAGAGGGCGGGUCCUGUGAGUUCUGUCCCUGUCACCCUGUCCAUUAUCAUACAUAUUUGUUGACGUUUUACAUUUUACCGGAUUUUAUACUAGUGGCAAAAAUAAAUCGCACUUAAUUAAUACCAACGUUUCUUCUGGGGUAUUUUGUACGAGCAAUGGGAUCACGGAGCUGAGAGGAUCUGCAAGCGCUGUCACCGUUGUUAAAGAAAAAUGAACCUUUUAGACUUCAAGGAACCACUUGCCACCAUUGCUGCAUUUUGUACGAUACUUCAGUUCCUCGCAGGAGUGCUGGUUUGCAAAAAGUUUUACAAGACUGGCACUGUUGGUGAUACUUCGGCUUUCCCUUUCAUAGCAGGAUUUCUUUCAUGCAGUUUGUGGCUUAGAUAUGGUCAUCUCCUGAAUGACAACUCUGUGAUUAUCACAAAUAUUGUUGGAGCGUUCCUCCAAUUUUCCUAUGUGAUCUGCUAUACCAUUUACACUACCAGAAAGAUCUCAGUUUUGAGACAGUUCUUAGCCGUUUGCUUUGCACUUUUACUUAUCAUCACUUACAUGCAGUACAUGCCUGACAAUACUACUGCCAAAGCACAUUUGGGAUUCAUUUGCUGUUGUGUGACCAUAGUGUUUUUUGCCGCACCUUUUGCCACAUUGGCUCAUGUAAUCAAGGUCAAAAGUACCGAAAGUCUUCCCUUUUCGAUGAUCGUUGCCAAUACGAUUGUCUCGGCAGAGUGGAUGACGUAUGGAUUUAUAAUUGACGAUGCUUAUGUUGAGAUCACAAAUUCUCUUGGUUGUAUUAUAUCAGGUAUCCAGUUGUCUCUAUUUUUAAAAUACCCAUCAACCCCAUCAAAAGGUGGGAAAAAUAUUGGUAUGAUAUAGCCUGUAAAGUAAUUUUUGAAUGUUGAUUCUGUUUUCUUGAAAAAAAAAGCAUUGAUAUGAAAUAAACAAUCAAGCAUACAUUCUUGAAGAAAAUGAUAUA